UAUGUACUUCAGAAGCCUCCAUCAUCUCAUCUAUUCAAUUUAAACCUCAAACCUUGAUUGUAAGAAUUCGUGCCUCACUUCUCUCUCAUUGUAUAUUUCUACAUACAGGAAUUUCUUAACCUUCCUCCUUAUACAUAUACCUUCGAAACAGUACGAGAACACUAGUCUCUAGCUGCUUGAAUAUCAGUCUUUUGCAUGCCUCUUGUUUCUGUCUCAGUUCUCAUUGAUUCAAAUAAUUUCUAACAAUCCAUUUUCUCGUGAACCCAACCGAUCGGGUGUUAGAAAGUGAAAAAUAAUGGAUCAUGAAGUGUUUGAAAACGUGAAAUAUGAGAAAGCCAGAGCAAUGGUACGGUUCAAUCGGUUUCGGAAAAUGAUGAAGUUGUUGCAAUUUGUUGAAGUGCUCUUGGCCUUCAUGUUUAUUUCCUGGUCCUGGACAUAUCUCCCGGCCGCCGUUAAAUUCUCCGGCGACUUAUUGGUCGAACUCUCAGUUUAUAUAUUCAAUCCUCAUGUCAUUUUUCUCAUUGGCAACGCAAUUAUUGUCUCUGUCUUAUUGCUCUGCCGUCAAACAGAAGCCGAGAACCACUCCGUCACUGGCGGUAUCCACCGCGACGAUGUCCGCUCCUGUGAAGUUCAACUACCGAUUGUCACUACCUGUGACGGCUAUGUGGUAACUUCAUCACCUUCUUCGUCGCCGGGCAUUGCGGUGCCUAAUUUCGCCGGAGAUGAAAGUAAGCAGAUUGUUUGCUCAGAAAGCAAGGUGCCGAAUAAGGUGCAAAGCGACGCCGCAGAGACGACAAUAGAUGUAACAACGAAGAAUAUACAGAUACUUCAAAGGACUAAAUCGGAGAAUUUGAAGCAAGAGAUUCCAGUGAAUCCUUCAAAAAAGCUCCGGCGUUCCCAGACAGACAUGUCGGCGGUAGACACACUUAGCAGCGAAGAAUUUAAGCUUACUAUUGAAGCGUUCAUAAAGAAGAAUCAAAUCUUUUUUGAGAAACAGAGACUAGCUGAAACAGAGCAGGAAAAAUUGAUCACAUAAGUUUGUGGACAAGGAUUUACAUUUUGGGCGAUUGUAAGAUACUCAUUCAAUUCAAAUCCGUAGUAUUACGAGUUCGAUUUUUAAAACAUAUUGAUAAAUUGAGUUUUCCACAUGUUAAUUAUGUUUGAAAAAUUACAAGAAAUUGCAGUUGAAGGAGCAGUAAUUACUAAUACUAGAAAGCAAAGAUAAUCAGUUUAAUUAUAGAUAGCAUGUGACUGUACAAGGAUUAUUUCUGCGGUUCUGCCUAUUCCCUGCUUUCUUCUUCUUCUUCUUCUUCUUCUUUCUUCUUCUUUCUUCUUCUUCUCGAUUUGGGAAGAAAAGUUUUAUUCAGCGGUAAC